AUGAGUCGAGGAAGUGCAGCAGGGGCGAAGGGGAAGAAGAAGGGGGCGACAUUCACCAUUGACUGUGCGAAGCCAGUGGAAGACAAGAUCAUGGACAUUGCCUCUCUCGAGAAGUUUCUUCAAGAGAGGAUCAAGGUGGGUGGCAAAGCUGGUGCUCUUGGUGACUCUGUUACUGUUACCCGCGAGAAGACCAAGAUCAUUGUCACUUCUGACAGUAACUUCUCCAAACGGUAUCUGAAGUACUUGACUAAGAAGUACUUGAAGAAACACAACGUGCGUGACUGGCUCAGAGUAAUUGCUUCAAACAAGGAUAGAAGUAUUUAUGAACUGAGGUACUUCAACAUAGCUGAGAAUGAGGGUGAGGAAGAAGAUUAG